CUGAUGGAAGUUUGUGUAGAGCAGUAAAUUCGUUACUCAAACGGUAUAAAACCAACCAAAAACCAAUAAAAAUGAAAUUCCGAGCGGUAAUGUCCGAUUACUCGCACAUAAGAGAAUUUCUUAACAUCAUCAGCACACUGUCACGAAUGCAUAAAAACUUGAUCAUCAAUGUCCAGCCCACCAAAGUUAUCCUGCAAGUCGAUGCCGAAGCCUACGAUGGGCAGUAUCUGUGGUGUGAAAUUAAUACAACAAAUCGGGAAGGAUUCUUCUCCGAGUACGUCAUGGACGGGAUCGAUGCAACGUACAACCAGAUCUACAUGACGGCGACGGCGACCAGUUUUGUGCGUGCAUUAUCCUUCGUGAAAACUAACGCCGUGGACUACGUUAAGCUCAAGCUCAUCAAAACGCAUAUGCCUUGCCUAUCAGUCGAAAUGUCUGGUAGCAUCAGCAACCUGCAGGAUGUAAUCACCCCGAAGAUACAGCAUUCCCUACCAGUAACGAUCGUGCCCCGCAGCGAAUGGGAUCAAUAUGAGCUUCCGCUCGCUAUGGAUUACGAUUUGUCGAUCAUCAUGCCAUCAGCCAAAUCGCUCCGUGCACUUCUAGACAAGAAGAAGAAUCUGGCCCCAACGUUGGUUCUGUAUGCUACGAUGAACGACGAACUGUCGCUCGUGGUGGAAACGGAAGUGGUAACCGUAGCGAGUCACUACCGAAAUCUUAAGUGUGUACCAGCGGUGCGUACCGGUGGGGACCAGACAGAACAGCUGACCAACCUAUCGGAAGCAUCCUGUCGGGUGGACACGAAAAAGUUAGCUGCACUUUUCGAAACGAUUAAUUUCUGCGAAAUGGUAAUGACAGCCAAUAUUCGCCACGAACAGGCAUUGAAUAUUCGUUUCGAUAUACAGCAGCACGCGUUUGUUAACUUUAUUCUGCCUGCUACCAAUUUUGAAUAAAUUAUAGGAAUUA